AUGGCCUGCCUGGCAAAAAAGGACAGCCUGGGGAGGCAAUACAAACUGAAAGGGGACAUCGGCCAAGGUGCGUUCGGGUGUGUAAACCUAGCCCGGCACAGAUUCUCGGGCACCAGGGUGGCCAUAAAGUCCGUGGAAAACCUAAGGGAACGCCUUCGGAUGAUCAUGGCAGAGAUUGAGACGUUGCAGCUCUUACAGCACCCGAACAUAAUCCAGCUGUUUCAGAUCAUAGUGACUAAGAAGCACACCUAUAUCAUAACAGAGUACGCCUCUGGAGGAAACCUGGCAGAGCUUGUCAGGAAGGGCGGCAGGCUGCAGGAGGAAAAAGCGCAGAAACUCUUCGGUCAGAUGGUGUCGGCCAUCAGGUAUUGCCAUGAUCGGGACAUCAUACACAGAGACUUGAAACCCCAUAACAUCUUGCUGGACUCAGAGGGGAACAUCAAGGUGGCCGACUUCGGUCUCGCAAGAAGAUGUCGGGCUGGAACUAUGCUGCAGGGUAGAUGCGGCACCAAGCUCUAUAACGCGCCCGAACUGAUAGUGAGGGAAGGCUACGACGGGAAAAAGGCAGAUGUCUGGAGCCUGGGCGUGGUGCUCUAUAUUAUCACCAUUGGGCACCACCCCUUCAAAGGAAGCAGCCCGAAAGAGAGCGACGGGAACAUCAUCCGAGGGAGCUAUGAGCUCCCAUCUCACGUCUCUGGGAAACUGGAAAACCUAAUUCACCAGAUGCUCACGGUUGUCCCAGAGAAGAGGCCCUCCAUCGAAGACAUUGAACAACAUCCGUGGGUCGUGAAAUGUGAAGAAGACCUCCCAGAUGACACCUACCUGGACCCAUACAUACUAGACCUGCUGGAUAACCUUGGGUUUGAUGCCAAUGCCAUCCUGGAAUCUCUGCAAAAGAGAAACUACGAUGAAAUGAUGGGGACGUACCUCAUCAUCAAAGAGCAGGUACGCAAGGGGACUGAGCUUGACUUCACCACCUUACCCAGGCAUGUGGGCCUCGUCCUGACGCCUACCCCAUUGCCAGCACGGCGUCUGAAACGAAGAGCCAGCGAGCCCAUCUUUGGCAUCCUGCACAGGCAGGCUUCACAACCGGACCGGCCGAAGCUGUUAGGGCGGAAAUUGGCCAGAAGUGCCUCUCUGCCCCAGUAUGGUCCCCAGAGGGAGAUCCCCACUUGCAGCCACGCCCCGCUCUCCAGAACUUCCACUGCCACAUGUCUCCUUGGCAGCAUACUGAAAGAGGAGAUGCCCCUGCCACGCUCUCUGCUGACCUCUCUCUCUGAGCACUUUGGCCCCGUGGCUGGCUUCCUGGGCAAUGCUUCCUGUUUUGCUCCCACAUCCUCCUUCGGGAUGAAUCUGCUAAUGAUGGUCCCGGAGUCAGGAAGAUAUGGGCGCGCUAACCGUCAAGAGCCUGGCGGGGGCCCCUCUCCAGAUUUGUCAGAGGUGGCCAUGGGACACCUGUCUCUGCGUUUCCUCGGGAUAUUGGCCCAGCUGUGGGAAGUCUGCAGGGCUGGGCUCUCAGUCCAGGCCAUGAAGCCUGGAACUCACUUCCUGGGCUCUGCCCGAGCCAGUCCUCCAGUAGCAUCACGGGGACAACUCUUCCUCCACGGGCCCAACUCCUUUCUCACAUACAAGGAGUAA